UUCUCUCUCUCUCUCUUCUUUUUUCUCUGGCAGCUUUUCUUCUACACAGUUUUUGUCGAAAGACAGUAUGCGGAACCAGAAACCCUAGAAACCAGUCCUAGUACGAUUAUUUUUCCACCAUAAAGCCACCAGACUCAGAGAAACGUCGUCGCUUUCGCCGCCGACUCUGCCGAAAUUCAAGCUCUGAAUUUUCACCGACAGCUCGCGCCUCUCAAACCCUUAUCUGGCAAGAAAUCUGUAAAGCUUUCACAUCGGAUAAAAUUCACUCCCGGUCGAUUUCCUUUUUGAAUUUCAAAUUCUGAACACGUCCGGGGAGUAAAAUGUCGUCUUUGAGCAGAGAAUUGGUGUUUCUGAUUCUCCAAUUUCUCGAUGAAGAGAAAUACAAGAGUGCAGUGCACGAGCUGGAGCAACAGUCUGGGUUCUUCUUCAACGUGAAGUACUUCGAAGAGAAAGCUUUGGCCGGAGAAUGGGAUGAGGUUGAGAAGUACCUUUCUGGAUUUACCAAAGUCGACGAUAACAGAUACUCCAUGAAAAUUUUCUUCGAGAUCAGAAAGCAGAAGUAUCUUGAAGCUCUCGACCGGAAUGAUAGAGCGAAGGCUUGCGAGAUAUUAGCGAAGGAUUUGAAAGUUUUUUCUACAUUCAAUGAAGAUCUGUACAAAGAAAUUACUCAGCUUUUGACUCUUGAAAACUUCAGGGAAAAUGAGCAGUUAUCGAAGUAUGGUGAUACUAAAUCUGCUCGAGGCAUAAUGCUUGUAGAGCUUAAGAAACUUAUAGAAGCAAAUCCUCUUUUCCGAGAGAAGCUUUCUUUUCCCAGUUUGAAGGCGUCCCGCUUGCGAACUCUUAUCAAUCAAAGCUUAAAUUGGCAGCAUCAGCUUUGCAAGAACCCAAGGCAAAACCCCGACAUCAAGACCUUGUUCGUGGACCACACAUGUUCUCCUCCAAAUGGAGCACGUGCGCCUACUCCGGUCACUCUUCCACCAGGUGCAGCUGUUCCAAAGCCUUUAACUUAUGCUCCUCUUGGAGCACAUGCAGGACCUUUUCCACCAGCUGCAGUGCCUGCGAAUGCCAACACUUUAGCAGGAUGGAUGGUGAAUGCCAAUCCUUCCUCAUCCGUACAAUCAGCUGUUGCUGCUGCUUCAUCAAUACAGGUUCCACCCAAUCAAGUUUCAGGUCUGAAGCAUCCAAGAUCAUCUUCAAAUGCUCUUGGAACAAUAGAUUAUCAAAGCAAUGAACACGAACAAUUAAUGAAACGUCUGCGCCCCACACAGGCUGUUGAUGAGGUCUCAUAUUUUGCUCCUCCCCAACAAACUUCCUGGUCACUUGAUGAAGUACCAAGAACCGUAGUUUGUACCAUUAAUCAAGGGUUGACUGUAACAAGCAUGGAUUUCCAUCCUUCUCAUCAGACAGUACUUGCUGUUGGUUGCAGCAAUGGUGAAGUUACUCUGUGGGAAGUUGGGCUGCGAGAGAAACUGGUAUCGAAGCCAUUCAAGUUGCAUGAUAUGGCUGCUUGUUCUGUGCCAUUCCAGGCUGCUAUUGUCAAAGAUUCAUCCAUAUCUGUCAGUCGUGUAUCAUGGAGUCCUGAUGGAAAUUUGAUUGGGGUUGCAUUUAGCAAACAUUUGAUACACUUGCAUUCUUACAAGGGGCCAAAUGAUCUACGGCAGCUUUUGGAGAUUGAUGCUCACGUUGGUGGUGUGAAUGACUUGGCAUUCUCACACCCAAACAAGCAAUUGUGUGUUGUAACUUGUGGAGAUGAUAAAUUAAUAAAGGUUUGGGAUUUGUCUGGAAGAAGACUUUUUAACUUUGAAGGUCAUGAAGCACCUGUUUAUUCCAUUUGUCCUCACCAAAAAGAAAAUAUUCAGUUUAUAUUUUCAACUGCUGUUGAUGGGAAAAUUAAGGCUUGGUUGUAUGAUCUUAUGGGCUCCAGGGUUGACUAUGAUGCACCUGGACAGGGGUGCACUAGAAUGCUCUACAGUGCUGAUGGAAGCAGACUAUUCUCUUGUGGAACAAGUAAAGAUGGUGACUCUUUCCUAGUUGAAUGGAAUGAAACUGAAGGAGCAAUAAAGAGGACAUAUUCUGGAUUUAGAAAGAAAUCUGCUGGUGUUGUGCAAUUUGACACGACAAGAAAUCAUAUUUUGGCUGCUGGUGAAGAUUACCAGAUAAAGUUUUGGGAUACAGACAAUACCAAUGUUCUCACUAGUACGGAUGCUGACGGUGGGCUUCCAGCUCUUCCUCGCUUGAGAUUCAAUAAGGAGGGAACUCUUCUUGUUGUUACAACGGCACACAAUGGGUUCAAGAUUCUUGCAAAUGCUGAUGGUCUCAGAACCUUGAGAACAAUGGAAAGUCGUUCUUAUGAAGCAUCCAGGGCACCUAUUGAGAUGAAGGUAUCUGGUUCUUCUAUGGUUGGAAAUAUCAACCCAGUUGUAGCUAAGGUGGAACGUGUGGACAGAAGCUCUCCUGCUAGGCCUACUCCGAUCCUUAAUGGAGUAGAUCCUAUCAGUAGAAGCAUGGAAAGGCAAAGAAGUUUAGAUGAUGUAUCUGAUAAAUCCAAGCCUUGGGAACUGGUCGAAAUUGUUGAACCUGUUCAGUGUCGAGCCAUUACUUUGCCAGAUAGCAUAGAUCCUGCUAAAAAGGUUGCUCGACUUCUUUACACGAAUUCUGGUAUUGGCAUCCUGGCACUUGGUUCAACUGGAGUCCAGAAGCUUUGGAAAUGGAGCCGUUGUGAACAAAACCCAAGUGGAAAGGCCACUGCCAGGGUUGUUCCACAACAUUGGCUGCCAAGCAGCGGUCUUGUUAUGACUAAUGAUGUUCCAGAGAAUUCUGAAGAAGCAGUUCCAUGUGUGGCACUCUCAAAGAAUGAUUCAUAUGUAAUGUCUGCCUGUGGGGGGAAAGUUUCACUGUUUAAUAUGAUGACGUUUAAGGUGAUGACUACUUUUAUGCCACCUCCACCGGCCUCAACCUUUCUUGCUUUUCAUCCUCAUGAUAAUAACAUCAUAGCAAUUGGAAUGGAGGACUCAACCAUUCACAUUUACAAUGUUAGGGUGGACGAGGUCAAAACAAAACUGAAAGGUCACCAGAAGCACAUCACUGGUUUAGCUUUUUCCACCAGCCUGAAUGUCCUGGUUUCAUCAGGGGCUGAUGCUCAGCUUUGCUUCUGGAACACUGAAUCCUGGGAGAAGAGGAAAUCAAUUACAAUUGAACUGCCUGCUGGAAAGGUGCCUGUUGGUGACACUCGAGUGCAGUUCCACUCUGAUCAAAUCCACGUGUUGGUAUGCCAUGAGACCCAGCUAGCAGUGUAUGAUGCUUUGAAGAUGGAAUGGAUUCAACAGUGGGUGCUACAAGAUGUAUUAUCUGCACCUAUAUCGUGUGCAUCAUAUUCCUGCAAUAGCCAACUAGUUUAUGCUACUUUCACUGAUGGUAAUGUUGGAGUUUUUGAUGCCAAUAACCUGAAAUUGAGAUGUCGAAUUGCUGCAUCCGCAUACCUCUCACAUGCAUCGUCAAACAGCCAAACUCUAUUCCCCCUAGUCCUUGCUGCACAUCCCCAGGACCCAAAUCAAUUUGCUGUUGGACUUACCGAUGGAUGUGUUAAAGUUAUUGAGCCCUCAGAUUCCGAGGGGAAGUGGGUAGCGGCAGUGCCUGUUGAUAAUGGUAUGCAGAAUGGCAGGACAGCUUCAUCUUCCACUACUAAUGCUGCUGCUUCCGAGCAGCUCCAAAGAUGAAAAAACGUGUGCAUUCCAAAGUCCUCAUUUAUUUGUUAUUCAUGUAUAAUAUAACAUUAGUUGGUUGGCAUUUCACAUAUGCCUCACCAAAUGAGUGAGCAUAGGAAAAUGGGUUAAGGGAACAUAAAUUUGUGUACAUUAUAUGGAUUUGGUCUGACAGAAUAGAUAUUUAAUUAUUUCUUACAAUGUUAAAUCACUUUUCUGCCUAUUCACUUA